AUGGAACUUAAAGAUGGUUACUUUCCUUCUUCCAAUGGUUCCGAUUUUACAUCAUUAGCAAAGUUGCAACGUUUUUCACCCAUUUCUGUCUCAUUCAAUGUAUUAAUUUGCUUUGAUUCAAAAUAUGAGACCGAAGUGAGUGUAAAGAAACAUCAACUAUCCGAUGAAACAAAUUUACUGGUUGGCAUUGGUAUUGAUACGCUCCACCACUCAAAUAUUAUUCACAGAGAUUUGAAAUUGAAAAACAUUUUCGUUAGGGAGUAUGAUCCAAACACAGGAUAUAUCAAAAUAAUGAUUGGAGACUUUGGUGAUGCCAAACAAAUGGAAAAGAGUUACUAUGAAUCGUCUGGUACCAAAACUUUUAAUGAUUCACCUCCAGAAAUAAUAGACCAAUGGAAGCAAAACAAGAAGGAUGUUAAGUGGACAAAGAAAGCCGACUUAUGGGGCAUUGGUUGUGUGUUGUUUAGGUUAUUGACAUUUGAUUUGAGAGGAGGAUCUGCUAGUUUUUUGGAAAGGGUAUUAUUGGUUUUAACCCAAAAAGGUUGUCAUAUACGUGAUGAAAAAAGUGGGCUGAUUAAUGGUAUUAGCAAAGCAUUUAACGAAAAUACAACUGAAUUGAUAAAGCAACAAACUCUCGAUAUUAGCACUUUCAUGGGAAUGAGAGAGGACUAUUUGAGAAAAUUGGCAAUAUCAAUCAUAGACAAUGAUUUGGAAAUAUUAGAAGAAGUUCCUCAUGCAUUGGAAAAAGGAGAUUCUUUUUACCAACAGAAACUAAUUAUUAUGCUUACUACUAAUGAUUUGAAAGAUGAGAAAGGGAUGGAAGAUAUUUUUGAAAAAUCAAUUCAAUUAUUUCCAAAAUGUAUUUAUCUAUCCAAAUUAUCAUGUUCCCUUUUCUUCAUGCUUGAAAAAUAUGAAAAAUCAUUAUUAUAUAUUGAGAAAGUAACAUGUAAUUCUGUUUUUAAACUAAAUUAUGAAGACUGGAUUACCUGCUAUGACAUGAAAUCAAAUAUUUAUGCUAUUCAGGAAAAAUGGGAUGAAGCAUUAUCGAUUGCAGAAUUUAUUCUUUUGGAAUUGGCAGUUAGGAAAAGUAAUUGUAUUCCAAAGCACGUUAUUGCUUUAAAUAGAGCUGAAUUGUAUUUUAAUAAGAAAGAUUAUGACCAAUGUAUUGAAUCAUGUACAUUUGUAAUUGACACAUUUGAGAACCUUCAUUCUGUAGAGGAUGAGAAAAAUGCCCACCUUGUAGCAUAUACUUUGGCUGCUAAAGCAUAUGGAGAAAAAGGAGAUCAGUAUAAUUGCUUUAGAUUCAUCCAGGUAGCUCAUUCUACUAAUGAAAGAGACUGCACAAUUCUAAUUAUCAGAGCACAGUUAUAUAUCAAGUUCAAUCAGAUUGAGUCUGCACUCGAUAGUAUUUUGAAAGCAAUAUCUAUACAACCUCAAACAAGGGAAUACUACGAGCUUGCUUUAACUGUGUUUAAAAUGUGCAAAAAUGUAAACAUGACCACUUUAUGUUCUGAACUGAUUACCAAAUUGGAUAAUAGAAAAGAGAUUACCAACUCAGACCUGAGUUUAUUACUUAAAUUAGAAACAAAAUCUACUAUUGAAACCAUCAAACAAGAUUCCUCUCAUAAUACUGUUUCACCUCUAAAUGCUAUUGUAAAAACCAAAAUCACUUUGAGCACUCUACGUGGAACCACUGUUAAGGUGGAAUGCACUGACAUUGAAGGUAUCAUCAAAGAAUGCAGACAUAAAUUAUUGAACGAUAAGUUGGAAAUAAUUGUAAACAUGAAAGAAAAGACUAGAAUUGACUAUAUCGAAGAUUUGGACCCCUCAAUUAAUUACACAAUUUUAACAGUUGAAGAAUUCAAGGAUUUAGACGCGAAACAACCUCCUUCCAACACAAAUUCAAUCCUAUUAUCCUCCAUGGCAGCUCUUUCUUUCCUUGCUGCCGCAACCUCCUAUUUAUUCAUUGUAAGGAAAUAAAAAAAAAUGUCAUUGC